CCCCCCUCCCCGUGCCGGGCUCGCGCUGCGGGACUCGAUUGACGCGCCGCCUCGCGCCGCCGCCGCCAUGCAGACCCCCGUGCUCACCCCGCACGUCUACUGGGCCCAGCGGCACCACGAGGUCUACCUGCGCGUGGAGCUCAGCGACGUGAAGAAUCCGGAAAUCGGCAUCACGGAAAACACCCUGCACUUCAGAGCCCGGGGCCACGGGGCCAAGGGAGACAACAUUUACGAAUUUCACCUGGAGUUUCUGGAGCCGGUGAAGCCUCAGCCGGCCCACAGGCUUACCCAGAGGCAGGUGAACGUGACCGUGAAGAAGCAGGAGAGGCAGUGGUGGGAGCGGCUGACCCGGCAGGAGAAGCGCCCGCUCUUCCUGGCCCCCGACUUCGACCGCUGGCUGGACGAGUCCGACGCCGAGAUGGAACUCAGAGCCAAGGAAGAAGAAAGGAUUAAUAAAAUCAGAACGGAGUCCAGGGUUUCAAACGACUCGUUCGUGACCUUGAAGAAGGGUUACCUGUUUAUGUACAACCUGGUGCAGUUCCUGGGCUUCUCCUGGAUUUUCGUCAACAUGACCGUUCGGCUCGUCGUCUUGGGAAAAGAUUCCCUCUACGACACGUUCCACUCCGUGGCCGACAUGAUGUAUUUCUGCCAGAUGCUGGCGGCGGUGGAGUCGGCCAACGCUCUGAUCGGAGUCACCCGCUCGCCGCCGUUGCCGUCCCUCAUCCAGCUCCUUGGGAGGAAUUUUAUUUUGUUUGUCAUCUUCGGGAGCCUGGAGGAGAUGCAGAACAGAGCCGUCGUGUUCUUCGUCUUCUACCUGUGGAGCGCGAUUGAGAUCUUCAGGUACCCCUUCUACAUGCUGGCCUGCGUCGACAUAGACUGGAAGCUUCUCACCUGGAUCCGCUACAGCAUCUGGAUCCCCCUCUACCCCUUGGGGUGCCUGGCCGAAGCCGCCUCGGUGAUCCAGUCCAUUCCCGUCUUCAACGAAACCGGAAAGUUCAGUUUCACCUUGCCGCCUCCCCUGAACCUCACCGUCAGGUUCUCGGCUUUCCUCCAGGGCCAUCUUAUAUUGUUAUUUUUAGGGCUGUUUGUGAAUCUCCGUCACCUCCGCAAACAACGAAGGCGACGGUUUGCCACGAGAAAGAGAAAGGCAAACUAGGCGCGGCGCUGGGAUUCCCCUCUCCGCGACUUCACCCUUCUUCGCCCUCAACGGUCACCCCUUCUCCCCCCUCGCCCCACCCCCCCCCACCGAGGCACUGUCACAGAAGCUCCCACCCCGACACCCUCCCCGGCUCACGGGGCCCGCUGACACUUCUGUAUCCGCCAGAAGACGUCAGUCGGUCCGGCCCCUGUACGUAGAGCCCACGCCCGCCCCGCCGUGCGGUACGGAACCCGGCCCGCGCCGUGGUUACCGAACCCGCGUGGGACCUACCCGAGCGGCGCGAGGAGCCUCCUCGGCCGCGGCCCCGGUGCCCCCCCGGGGCUCCCGGGCCGUUGGGCUCCGUGUAACCUUGGGCGGGGUCGGCUCCGGAGCGGCGAGGCGGGCCCCUGCCGCCGGCCCCGGGGAAACCGAGGCGGGCGGCCGGAGAUCGGCCGGGGGAGGGGGGCGGUGAGAUAAAGGCAGGGGUCCGGCCGGGCUUCUCCGCACCCCCUCCCUCACCGACCCGGCCAGGCCGGCCGCCCCGUCUCCGUUUUUUCCCACGUCCCCCUCGGGACGCGUCCGGAAGCCAUUCGGGUAACGACCGACCCUCUCCUUUCCUCCGACGGCCGGAGGGGAGAGCGAGCCUCUCCCGGCCUCGACCGACGGGACUUUCGUUGGUUUUUCCCGUCGUCGUCGUCCCGUUUUUUGAAAUAAGACGAAUCACACCGUCGGGCGUUCUGAACCCGGGGCAGGUGGUGGGCCUUCUUCCCCCCCCCCCCCGCCGGAACGGAAGGCGGGGCGGCGACCUCGGAGAGUCGCGGGCGGAGCCCCCGCUCCGCCGUGGCACGGCUAAGACUGACCGACGGGAGGGCUUUGGGCGCGAGGACCGCCCUCGCGUUCCCCGGGAGGCGGGGGAAGCCGGCCGGGGACCCCUCACCGGCGCAGACGGGGACGUGGGUCGGCCCAGCCGACGUCUUCCUCUCCAAGGGGCUCUGGAGUCGAGCCGCCGGGGCGGCGGCUGUAGAAGGACCGUCCCGUCCCCCGGCCCUCCCGGACCCCGGCCCGCUGACCGUUCCCUAGCACCCCCCCCAGCCGUCCCCCGACGCGCCCGGUCGCUCUCGGUGCACGGGCGACCCGCCCGGGUGAAACCCGUUUUUGAGGCCCAAGGACAGGAGGAUCUGAGGGUUCUGGAAAAGGGGAGCGCCGAGAGUCGGCCGCUCCGGGCGCGAGGAGUCCGAGUCCUUCGAGAGCGCGGCUGGGUAGCGAGGUGCGACGCUAUGACGACGACGUUAUUAGAGAAGCGCCGGGGAGCCGCGUCGGGUUUCCCCUGCCACGGGCCCGUUUCCCUUUCGUGCUUCCUCUCCCGUCCGGUCUGACCUCCGCCCCGUUCCGGCCCCCCCGUGACCCCGCAGAAAUCAGUCGGGUCCGCCUCUGGCCCCGUGAACCCCCCCCCCCCCCCCCCCCCCCCCGCCGCUCUCAAGGGUGCAACUCGUAUUCCGUGCGAUCGCCCCGUACUUACGGAACUUACUCGUCUCUGACAAGGCAACGGAGCGUAUUUCUAUUAAAAAUAUUUACAGUCGA